AUGGCAAUUGAGAAUCUAGACCCAUCGGAUCUUAUAACGAUAGACAAAACAUACAAAGACCGACUCGCCCUCCGGAAACAGCUUCUUGAACAACACCAUGACAUCGUAGUCGCGGUCAACAACACCCAAACAGCAGAUACACGAGUUCACUCCGCAGUACGCGAACUAUACACUUUCGUCCUGGGAAAAUACCUCCCAUCCCGGUACCCAGUAACAUUCAAACUCCACCCCAGUACGGACAACAGCUCAGAUAUCUUCGAAAAUACAGUAACAGGCGCAUCAUGGCCGACAACUCUACACGCAGAAACACCCACAAUCCGCGCCCUGGAAAUCCUAGCACAAACGGUUGAUGAAGAAUUCCUCAUUCUACUUCCAGAUGUCUCGUCUCCCGAUCAGCCCAAGUAUGUACUUCAGGCAUAUGCGACAUGUUUCCCAUCGGGCUUCAACACGCGCGAGAAGCUCGGGUUGCGACUAGCUGAUAUCCAUACACCUGUGCCUGGGUAUGCAGAUAAGCUGGAGCGCAGUAUGGAUCGAUUCUUUGCGAAGGUUGAGGUUGGGAGGUUUGUUAAGAGGGUGAACUGGAGUGUUACGACGGAGACGGAAUUGUUUGCGGCUUUUGGGUCUGUGCAUGGGUCGCAUGUUCCUGAGGAUAAGCCAGACGGAGAACAGGCUCUCCGGCUUGAGGAACUGAAUAUUGAUCAGACGGUUUUGCGCUGUGAGCGCCAGACUUUGCAUCGAUUGCCGGAGUCUAAGGCGGUUGUUUUUGGUUUUCAUACGUAUACCUACCCCAUACGGCAGAUUAAGGAUGAGGGGCUUGGAGAGGACUUGGCCGUUGCUAUUGAUGGUUUGAAGAAGGGUAAUGUACCGGCGAUGCAUGCCUACAAGAGAGGGGAUUACUGGGGAGAGGCCGUGAAAAGGUUUCUACGGUCUUGA